CUGCGGGAAUGUUGACAGCCUGACAGACGCGGGGUUCUGGUGUCAUGGAAUCUCCGAGCCUUUGGCUUGAUCCCGGGAGGAGAAUGAGAGGGGGAGGAGGGAGAUAGAGUCACAGAUACAGAAAGGAGACAGGAGCGGGGAGAGGGAGAGAAGGAGGGAAGCGGGAGAUUUUUCUUGACUGCCCCCUUUCCUUCAAACAUUUUAUAGGCUUCAGGGAGAGAGAGGAGGAGGAGAGAGGGAAGAAAAAAAGAGGAGAGCGAGAGGGGUAGAGAGCGCGCGCCGUUCCCUCCGGAGUUCCCGAGCUGCUGAGGAGUCUGGAUUGUGUCUGUCCCCAGUGUCAGAUGAAAGGGCGCUGAGGCUCUUGGCCGCUGCCCCGCGCCCAGCUCCGCGCACGCCCCUCUGCGAGUCCGGCCGCCGAGCGCCUCUUCCCGCCCGAGCCGCCGCCUGCGCUCCGGGGCAGCCGCUCUGUCUCCAGCGCGAUGUGGCCUCGCCUGGCCUUUUGUUGCUGGGGUCUGGCCCUCGUUUCGGGCUGGGCGACCUUUCAGCAGAUGUCCCCGUCGCGCAAUUUCAGCUUCCGCCUCUUCCCCGAGACCGCGCCCGGGGCUCCCGGGAGUAUCCCCGCGCCGCCCGCUCCUGGCGACGAAGCGGCGGGGAGCAGAGUGGAGCGGCUGGGCCAGGCGUUCCGGCGACGCGUGCGGCUGCUGCGGGAGCUCAGCGAGCGCCUGGAGCUUGUCUUCCUGGUGGAUGAUUCGUCCAGCGUGGGCGAAGUCAACUUCCGCAGCGAGCUCAUGUUCGUCCGCAAGCUGCUGUCCGACUUCCCCGUGGUGCCCACGGCCACGCGCGUGGCCAUCGUGACCUUCUCGUCCAAGAACUACGUGGUGCCGCGCGUCGAUUACAUCUCCACCCGCCGCGCGCGCCAGCACAAGUGCGCGCUGCUCCUCCAAGAGAUCCCUGCCAUCUCCUACCGAGGUGGCGGCACCUACACCAAGGGCGCCUUCCAGCAAGCCGCGCAAAUUCUUCUUCAUGCUAGAGAAAACUCAACAAAAGUUAUAUUUCUCAUCACUGAUGGAUAUUCCAAUGGGGGAGACCCUAGACCAAUUGCAGCGUCACUGCGAGAUUCAGGAGUGGAGAUCUUCACUUUUGGCAUAUGGCAAGGGAACAUUCGAGAGCUGAAUGACAUGGCUUCCACCCCAAAGGAGGAGCACUGUUACCUGCUACACAGUUUUGAAGAAUUUGAGGCUUUAGCUCGCCGGGCAUUGCAUGAAGAUCUACCUUCUGGGAGUUUUAUUCAAGAUGAUAUGGUCCACUGCUCAUAUCUUUGUGAUGAAGGCAAGGACUGCUGUGACCGAAUGGCAAGCUGCAAAUGUGGGACACACACAGGCCAUUUUGAGUGCAUCUGUGAAAAGGGGUAUUACGGGAAAGGUCUGCAGUAUGAAUGCACAGCUUGCCCAUCGGGGACAUACAAACCUGAAGGCUCACCAGGAGGAAUCAGCAGUUGCAUUCCAUGUCCUGAUGAAAAUCACACCUCUCCACCUGGAAGCACAUCCCCUGAAGACUGUGUCUGCAGAGAGGGAUACAGGGCAUCUGGCCAGACCUGUGAACUUGUCCACUGCCCUGCCCUGAAGCCUCCCGAAAAUGGUUACUUUAUCCAAAACACUUGCAACAACCACUUCAAUGCAGCCUGUGGGGUCCGAUGUCACCCUGGAUUUGAUCUUGUGGGAAGCAGCAUCAUCUUAUGUCUACCCAAUGGUUUGUGGUCCGGUUCAGAGAGCUACUGCAGAGCAAAAUGUGAUCGAAUUGCUUUCAUUUUACAUAGUAAGAACAUGUCCUCAUCUCCGCCAGCCGAAACAUGGCCACAUCAGCUGUUCUACAAGGGAAAUGUUAUAUAAGACAACAUGUUUGGUUGCCUGUGAUGAAGGGUACAGACUAGAAGGCAGUGAUAAGCUUACUUGUCAAGGAAACAGCCAGUGGGAUGGGCCAGAACCCCGGUGUGUGGAGCGCCAGUGUUCCACCUUUCAGACGCCCAAAGAUGUCAUCAUAUCCCCCCACAACUGUGGCAAGCAGCCAGCCAAAUUUGGGACGAUCUGCUAUGUAAGUUGCCGCCAAGGGUUCAUUUUAUCUGGAGUCAAAGAAAUGCUGAGAUGUACCACUUCUGGAAAAUGGAAUGUCGGAGUUCAGGCAGCUGUGUGUAAAGACGUGGAGGCUCCUCAAAUCAACUGUCCUAAGGACAUAGAGGCUAAGACUCUGGAACAGCAAGAUUCUGCCAAUGUUACCUGGCAGAUUCCAACAGCUAAAGACAACUCUGGUGAAAAGGUGUCAGUCCACGUUCAUCCAGCUUUCACCCCACCUUACCUUUUCCCAAUUGGAGAUGUUGCUAUCGUAUACACGGCAACUGACCUAUCCGGCAACCAGGCCAGCUGCAUUUUCCAUAUCAAGGUUAUUGAUGCAGAACCACCUGUCAUAGACUGGUGCAGAUCUCCACCUCCCGUCCAGGUCUCAGAGAAGGUACAUGCUGCAAGCUGGGAUGAGCCUCAGUUCUCAGACAACUCAGGGGCUGAAUUGGUCAUUACCAGAAGUCAUACACAAGGAGACCUUUUCCCUCAAGGGGAGACUAUAGUACAGUAUACAGCCACUGACCCCUCAGGCAAUAACAGGACAUGUGAUAUCCAUAUUGUCAUAAAAGGUUCUCCCUGUGAAAUUCCAUUCACACCUGUAAAUGGGGAUUUUAUAUGCACUCCAGAUAAUACUGGAGUCAACUGUACAUUAACUUGCUUGGAGGGCUAUGAUUUCACAGAAGGGUCUACUGACAAGUAUUAUUGUGCUUAUGAAGAUGGCGUCUGGAAACCAACAUAUACCACUGAAUGGCCAGACUGUGCCAAAAAACGUUUUGCAAACCAUGGGUUCAAGUCCUUUGAGAUGUUCUACAAAGCAGCUCGUUGUGAUGACACAGAUCUGAUGAAGAAGUUUUCUGAAGCAUUUGAGACGACCCUGGGAAAAAUGGUCCCAUCAUUUUGUAGUGAUGCAGAGGACAUUGACUGCAGACUGGAGGAGAACCUGACCAAAAAAUAUUGCCUAGAAUAUAAUUAUGACUAUGAAAAUGGCUUUGCAAUUGGACCAGGUGGCUGGGGUGCAGCUAAUAGGCUGGAUUACUCUUACGAUGACUUCCUGGACACUGUGCAAGAAACAGCCACAAGCAUCGGCAAUGCCAGGUCAUCACGGAUUAAAAGAAGUGCCCCAUUAUCUGACUAUAAAAUUAAGUUAAUUUUUAACAUCACAGCUAGUGUGCCAUUACCCGAUGAAAGAAAUGAUACCCUUGAAUGGGAAAAUCAGCAACGACUCCUUCAGACAUUGGAAACUAUCACAAAUAAACUGAAAAGGACUCUCAACAAAGACCCCAUGUAUUCCUUUCAGCUUGCAUCAGAAAUACUUAUAGCCGACAGCAAUUCAUUAGAAACAAAAAAGGCUUCCCCCUUCUGCAGACCAGGCUCAGUGCUGAGAGGGCGUAUGUGUGUCAAUUGCCCUUUGGGAACCUAUUAUAAUCUGGAACAUUUCACCUGUGAAAGCUGCCGGAUCGGAUCCUAUCAAGAUGAAGAAGGGCAACUUGAGUGCAAGCUUUGCCCCUCUGGGAUGUACACGGAAUAUAUCCAUUCAAGAAACAUCUCUGAUUGUAAAGCUCAGUGUAAACAAGGCACCUACUCAUACAGUGGACUUGAGACUUGUGAAUCGUGUCCACUGGGCACUUAUCAGCCAAAAUUUGGUUCCCGGAGCUGCCUCUCGUGUCCAGAAAACACCUCAACUGUGAAAAGAGGAGCCGUGAACAUUUCUGCAUGUGGAGUUCCUUGUCCAGAAGGAAAAUUCUCACGUUCUGGGUUAAUGCCCUGUCACCCAUGUCCUCGUGACUAUUACCAACCUAAUGCAGGGAAGGCCUUCUGCCUGGCCUGUCCCUUUUAUGGAACUACCCCAUUCGCUGGUUCCAGAUCCAUCACAGAAUGUUCAAGUUUUAGUUCAACUUUCUCAGCGGCAGAGGAAAGUGUGGUGCCCCCUGCCUCUCUUGGACAUAUUAAAAAGAGGCAUGAAAUCAGCAGUCAGGUUUUCCAUGAAUGCUUCUUUAACCCUUGCCACAAUAGUGGAACCUGCCAGCAACUUGGGCGUGGUUAUGUUUGUCUCUGUCCACUUGGAUAUACAGGCUUAAAGUGUGAAACAGACAUCGAUGAGUGCAGCCCACUGCCUUGCCUCAACAAUGGAGUUUGUAAAGACCUAGUUGGGGAAUUCAUUUGUGAGUGCCCAUCAGGUUACACAGGUCAGCGGUGUGAAGAAAAUAUAAAUGAGUGUAGCUCCAGUCCUUGUUUAAAUAAAGGAAUCUGUGUUGAUGGUGUGGCUGGCUAUCGUUGCACAUGUGUGAAAGGAUUUGUAGGCCUGCAUUGUGAAACAGAAGUCAAUGAAUGCCAGUCAAACCCAUGCUUAAAUAAUGCAGUCUGUGAAGACCAAGUUGGGGGAUUCUUGUGCAAAUGCCCACCUGGAUUUUUGGGUACCCGAUGUGGAAAGAACGUCGAUGAGUGUCUCAGUCAGCCAUGCAAAAAUGGAGCUACCUGUAAAGACGGUGCCAAUAGCUUCAGAUGCCUGUGUGCAGCUGGCUUCACAGGAUCACACUGUGAAUUGAACAUCAAUGAAUGUCAGUCUAACCCAUGUAGAAAUCAGGCCACCUGUGUGGAUGAAUUAAAUUCAUACAGUUGUAAAUGUCAGCCAGGAUUUUCAGGCAAAAGGUGUGAAACAGAACAGUCUACAGGCUUUAACCUGGAUUUUGAAGUUUCUGGCAUCUAUGGAUAUGUCAUGCUAGAUGGCGUGCUUCCAUCUCUCCAUGCUCUAACCUGUACCUUCUGGAUGAAAUCCUCUGACGACAUGAACUAUGGAACACCAAUCUCCUAUGCAGUUGAUAAUGGCAGCGACAAUACCUUGCUCCUGACUGAUUAUAACGGCUGGGUUCUUUAUGUGAAUGGCAGGGAAAAGAUAACAAACUGUCCCUCGGUGAAUGAUGGCAGAUGGCAUCAUAUUGCAAUCACUUGGACAAGUGCCAAUGGCAUCUGGAAAGUCUAUAUCGAUGGGAAAUUAUCUGACGGUGGUGCUGGCCUCUCUGUUGGUUUGCCCAUACCUGGUGGUGGUGCGUUAGUUCUGGGGCAAGAGCAAGACAAAAAAGGAGAGGGAUUCAGCCCAGCUGAGUCUUUUGUGGGCUCCAUAAGCCAGCUCAACCUCUGGGACUAUGUCCUGUCUCCACAGCAGGUGAAGUCACUGGCUACCUCCUGCCCAGAGGAACUCAGUAAAGGAAACGUGUUAGCAUGGCCUGAUUUCUUGUCAGGAAUUGUGGGGAAAGUGAAGAUCGAUUCUAAGAGCAUAUUUUGUUCUGAUUGCCCACGCUUAGGAGGGUCAGUGCCUCAUCUGAGAACUGCAUCUGAAGAUUUAAAGCCAGGUUCCAAAAUCCAUCUGUUCUGUGAUCCAGGCUUCCAGCUGGUCGGGAACCCUGUGCAGUACUGUCUGAAUCAAGGACAGUGGACACAACCACUUCCUCACUGUGAACGCAUUAGCUGUGGGGUGCCACCUCCUUUGGAGAAUGGCUUCCAUUCAGCCGAUGACUUCUAUGCUGGCAGCACAGUAACCUACCAGUGCAACAAUGGCUACUAUCUAUUGGGUGACUCAAGGAUGUUCUGUACAGAUAAUGGGAGCUGGAACGGCGUUUCACCAUCCUGCCUUGAUGUCGAUGAGUGUGCAGUUGGAUCAGAUUGUAGUGAGCAUGCUUCUUGCCUGAACGUAGAUGGAUCCUACAUAUGUUCAUGUGUCCCACCGUACACAGGAGAUGGGAAAAACUGUGCAGAACCUAUAAAAUGUAAGGCUCCAGGAAAUCCGGAAAAUGGCCACUCCUCAGGUGAGAUUUAUACAGUAGGUGCCGAAGUCACAUUUUCGUGUCAGGAAGGAUACCAGUUGAUGGGAGUAACCAAAAUCACAUGUUUGGCGUCUGGAGAAUGGAAUCAUCUAAUACCAUAUUGUAAAGCUGUUUCAUGUGGUAAACCGGCUAUUCCAGAAAAUGGUUGCAUUGAGGAGUUAGCAUUUACUUUUGGCAGCAAAGUGACAUAUAGGUGUAAUAAAGGAUAUACUCUGGCCGGUGAUAAAGAAUCAUCCUGUCUUGCUAACAGUUCUUGGAGUCAUUCCCCUCCUGUGUGUGAACCAGUGACGUGUUCUAGUCCGGAAAAUAUAAAUAAUGGAAAAUAUAUUUUGAGUGGGCUUACCUACCUUUCUACUGCAUCAUAUUCAUGCAAUACAGGAUACAGCUUACAGGGCCCUUCCAUUAUUGAAUGCACGGCUUCUGGCAUCUGGGACAGAGCGCCACCUGCCUGUCACCUCGUCUUCUGUGGAGAACCACCUGCCAUCAAAGAUGCUGUCAUUACGGGGAAUAACUUCACUUUCAGGAACACCGUCACUUACACUUGCAAAGAAGGCUAUACUCUUGCUGGUCUUGACACCAUUGAAUGCCUGGCCGACGGCAAGUGGAGUAGAAGUGACCAGCAGUGCCUGGCUGUCUCCUGUGAUGAGCCACCCAUUGUGGACCACGCCUCUCCAGAGACUGCCCAUCGGCUCUUUGGAGACAUUGCAUUCUACUACUGCUCUGAUGGUUACAGCCUAGCAGACAAUUCCCAGCUUCUCUGCAAUGCCCAGGGCAAGUGGGUACCCCCAGAAGGUCAAGACAUGCCCCGUUGUAUAGCUCAUUUCUGUGAAAAACCUCCAUCGGUUUCCUAUAGCAUCUUGGAAUCUGUGAGCAAAGCAAAAUUUGCAGCUGGCUCAGUUGUGAGCUUUAAAUGCAUGGAAGGCUUUGUACUGAACACCUCAGCAAAGAUUGAAUGUAUGAGAGGUGGGCAGUGGAACCCUUCCCCCAUGUCCAUCCAGUGCAUCCCUGUGCGGUGUGGAGAGCCACCAAGCAUCAUGAAUGGCUAUGCAAGUGGAUCAAACUACAGUUUUGGAGCCAUGGUGGCUUACAGCUGCAACAAGGGGUUCUACAUCAAAGGGGAAAAGAAGAGCACCUGCGAAGCCACAGGGCAGUGGAGUAGUCCUAUACCGACGUGCCACCCGGUAUCUUGUGGUGAACCACCUAAGGUUGAGAAUGGCUUUCUGGAGCAUACAACUGGCAGGAUCUUUGAGAGUGAAGUGAGGUAUCAGUGUAACCCGGGCUAUAAGUCAGUCGGAAGUCCUGUAUUUGUCUGCCAAGCCAAUCGCCACUGGCACAGUGAAUCCCCUCUGAUGUGUGUUCCUCUCGACUGUGGAAAACCUCCCCCGAUCCAGAAUGGCUUCAUGAAAGGAGAAAACUUUGAAGUAGGGUCCAAGGUUCAGUUUUUCUGUAAUGAGGGUUAUGAGCUUGUUGGUGACAGUUCUUGGACAUGUCAGAAAUCUGGCAAAUGGAAUAAGAAGUCAAAUCCAAAGUGCGUGCCUGCCAAGUGCCCAGAGCCGCCCCUCUUGGAAAACCAGCUAGUAUUAAAGGAGUUGACCACCGAGGUAGGAGUCGUGACAUUUUCCUGUAAAGAAGGGCAUGUUCUGCAAGGCCCCUCUGUCCUGAAAUGCUUGCCAUCCCAGCAAUGGAAUGACUCUUUCCCUGUUUGUAAGAUGGUUCUUUGUACCCCACCUCCCCUAAUUUCCUUUGGUGUCCCCGUUCCUUCUUCUGCUCUUCAUUUUGGAAGUACUGUCAAGUAUUCUUGUGUAGGUGGGUUUUUCCUAAGAGGAAAUUCUACCACCCUCUGCCAACCUGAUGGCACCUGGAGCUCUCCACUGCCAGAAUGUGUUCCAGUAGAAUGUCCCCAACCUGAGGAAAUCCCCAAUGGAAUCAUUGAUGUGCAAGGCCUUGCCUAUCUCAGCACCGCUCUCUAUACCUGCAAGCCAGGCUUUGAAUUGGUGGGAAAUACUACCACCCUUUGUGGAGAAAAUGGUCACUGGCUUGGAGGAAAACCAAGAUGUAAAGCCAUUGAGUGCCUGAAACCCAAGGAGAUUUUGAAUGGCAAAUUCUCUUACACGGACCUACACUAUGGACAGACCGUUACCUACUCUUGCAACCGAGGCUUUCGGCUCGAAGGUCCCAGUGCCUUGACCUGUUUAGAGACAGGUGAUUGGGAUGUAGAUGCCCCAUCUUGCAAUGCCAUCCACUGUGAUUCCCCACAACCCAUUGAAAAUGGUUUUGUAGAAGGUGCAGAUUACAGCUAUGGUGCCAUAAUCAUCUACAGUUGCUUCCCUGGGUUUCAGGUGGCUGGUCAUGCCAUGCAGACCUGUGAAGAGUCAGGAUGGUCAAGUUCCAUCCCAACAUGUAUGCCAAUAGACUGUGGCCUCCCUCCUCAUAUAGAUUUUGGAGACUGUACUAAACUCAAAGAUGACCAGGGAUAUUUUGAGCAAGAAGACGACAUGAUGGAAGUUCCAUACGUGACUCCUCACCCUCCUUAUCAUUUGGGAGCAGUGGCUAAAACCUGGGAAAAUACAAAGGAGUCUCCUGCUACACAUUCAUCAAACUUUCUGUAUGGUACCAUCGUUUCAUACACCUGUAAUCCAGGAUAUGAACUUCUGGGGAACCCUGUGCUGAUCUGCCAGGAAGAUGGAACUUGGAAUGGCAGUGCACCAUCCUGCAUUUCAAUUGAAUGUGACUUGCCUACUGCUCCUGAAAAUGGCUUUUUGCGUUUUACAGAGACUAGCAUGGGAAGUGCUGUGCAGUAUAGCUGUAAACCUGGACACAUUCUAGUGGGCUCUGACUUAAGGCUUUGUCUAGAGAAUAGAAAGUGGAGUGGUGCCUCCCCACGCUGUGAAGCCAUUUCAUGCAAAAAGCCAAAUCCAAUCAUGAAUGGAUCCAUCAAAGGAAGCAACUACACAUACCUGAGCACGUUGUACUAUGAGUGUGACCCCGGAUAUGUGCUGAAUGGCACUGAGAGGAGAACAUGCCAGGAUGACAAAAACUGGGAUGAGGAUGAGCCCAUUUGCAUUCCUGUGGACUGCGGUUCACCCCCAGUCUCAGCCAAUGGCCAGGUGAGAGGAGACGAGUACACAUUCCAAAAAGAGAUUGAAUACACUUGCAAUGAAGGGUUCUUGCUUGAGGAAGCCAGGAGUCGGGUUUGUCUUGCCAAUGGAAGUUGGAGUGGAGCCACUCCCGACUGUGUGCCUGUCAGAUGUGCCACCCCGCCACAACUGGCCAAUGGGGUGAUGGAAGGCCUGGACUAUGGCUUCAUGAAGGAAGUAACAUUCCACUGUCACGAGGGCUACAUCUUGCACGGUGCUCCAAAACUCACCUGUCAGUCAGAUGGCAACUGGGAUGCAGAGAUUCCUCUCUGUAAACCAGUCAACUGUGGACCUCCUGAAGAUCUUGCCCAUGGUUUCCCUAAUGGUUUUUCCUUUAUUCAUGCGGGCCAUUUACAGUAUCAGUGCUUUCCUGGUUAUAAGCUCCAUGGAAAUUCAUCAAGAAGGUGCCUCUCCAAUGGCUCCUGGAGUGGCAGCUCACCUUCCUGCCUGCCUUGCAGAUGUUCCACACCAGUAAUUGAAUAUGGAACUGUCAAUGGGACAGAUUUUGACUGUGGAAAGGCAGCCCGGAUUCAGUGCCUCAAAGGCUUCAAGCUCCUAGGACUUUCUGAAAUCACCUGUGAAGCCAAUGGCCAGUGGAGCUCUGGGUUCCCCCACUGUGAACACACUUCUUGUGGUUCUCUUCCAAUGAUACCAAAUGCGUUCAUCAGUGAGACCAGCUCUUGGAAGGAAAAUGUGAUAACUUACAGCUGCAGGUCUGGAUAUGUCAUACAAGGCAGUUCAGAUCUGAUUUGUACAGAGAAAGGGGUAUGGAGCCAGCCUUAUCCAGUCUGUGAGCCCUUGUCCUGUGGGUCCCCACCGUCUGUCGCCAAUGCAGUGGCAACUGGAGAGGCACACACCUAUGAAAGUGAAGUGAAACUCAGAUGUCUGGAAGGUUAUACGAUGGAUACAGAUACAGAUACAUUCACCUGUCAGAAAGAUGGUCGCUGGUUCCCUGAGAGAAUCUCCUGCAGUCCUAAAAAAUGUCCUCUCCCGGAAAACAUAACACAUAUACUUGUUCAUGGAGACGAUUUCAGUGUGAAUAGGCAAGUUUCUGUGUCGUGUGCAGAAGGGUAUACCUUUGAGGGAGUUAACAUAUCAGUAUGUCAGCUUGAUGGAACCUGGGAGCCACCAUUCUCCGAUGAAUCUUGCAGUCCAGUUUCUUGUGGCAAACCUGAAAGUCCAGAACAUGGAUUUGUGGUUGGCAGUAAAUACACCUUUGAAAGCACAAUUAUUUAUCAGUGUGAGCCUGGCUAUGAACUAGAGGGGAACAGGGAACGUGUCUGCCAGGAGAACAGACAGUGGAGUGGAGGGGUGGCAAUAUGCAAAGAGACCAGGUGUGAAACUCCACUUGAAUUUCUCAAUGGGAAAGCUGACAUUGAAAACAGGACGACUGGACCCAACGUGGUAUAUUCCUGCAACAGAGGCUACAGUCUUGAAGGGCCAUCUGAGGCACACUGCACAGAAAAUGGAACCUGGAGCCACCCAGUCCCUCUCUGCAAACCAAAUCCAUGCCCUGUUCCUUUUGUGAUUCCCGAGAAUGCUCUGCUGUCUGAAAAGGAGUUUUAUGUUGAUCAGAAUGUGUCCAUCAAAUGUAGGGAAGGUUUUCUGCUGCAGGGCCACGGCAUCAUUACCUGCAACCCCGACGAGACGUGGACACAGACAAGCGCCAAAUGUGAAAAAAUCUCAUGUGGUCCACCAGCUCACGUAGAAAAUGCAAUUGCUCGAGGCGUACGUUAUCAAUAUGGAGACAUGAUCACCUACUCAUGUUACAGUGGAUACAUGUUGGAGGGUUCCCUGAGGAGUGUUUGUUUAGAAAAUGGAACAUGGACAUCACCUCCUAUUUGCAGAGCUGUCUGUCGAUUCCCAUGUCAGAAUGGGGGCAUCUGCCAACGCCCAAAUGCUUGUUCCUGUCCAGAGGGCUGGAUGGGGCGCCUCUGUGAAGAACCAAUCUGCAUUCUUCCCUGUCUGAACGGAGGUCGCUGUGUGGCCCCUUACCAGUGUGACUGCCCGCCUGGCUGGACGGGGUCUCGCUGUCAUACAGCUGUUUGCCAGUCUCCCUGCUUAAAUGGUGGAAAAUGUGUAAGACCAAACCGAUGUCACUGUCUUUCUUCUUGGACAGGACAUAACUGUUCCAGGAAAAGGAGGACUGGGUUUUAACCACUGCACAACCAGCUGGCUCUCCCAAAAGCAGGAUCAUCUCUCCUCGGUAGUGCCUGGGCAUCCUGGAACUUAUGCAAAGAAAGUCCAACAUGGUGCUGGGUCUUGUUUAGUAAACUUGUUACUUGGGGUUACUUUUUUUAUUUUGUGAUAUAUUUUGUUAUUCCUUGUGACAUACUUUCUUACAUGUUUCCAUUUUUAAAUAUGCCUGUAUUUUCUAUAUAAAAAUUAUAUUAAAUAGAUGCUGCUCUACCCUCACAAAAUGUACAUAUUCUGCUAUCUAUUGGGAAAGUUCCUGGUACACAUUUUUAUUUAGUUACUUAAAAAGAUUUUUCAAUUAAAAUAUAUUUUGCUACUAAAUAA